AUGAUGAAGGUCAAAUGCGACGGGUUAAAUAACGAAAUUUCUGAUAUCGCAAAAAAGAUUGUGGCUAAGUGUUGUGGCUUACCCCUUGCACUUGAAGUAAUUAGAAAGACUAUGGCAUCUAAAUCUACUGUGUAUCAAUGGCGUCGUGCACUCGAUACUUUGGAGUCUUAUCCGAGUGAGAUGAAAGGUACAGAGAAGGGCAUCUUUCAAGUUUUGAAGUUGAGCUACGAUUAUUUAGAAACAAAAAAUGCCAAGUGUUUUCUGUAUUGUGCUUUAUUUCCCAAGGCAUAUUAUAUCAAACAAGAUGAGCUGGUAGAGUAUUGGAUAGGUGAGGGUUUCAUCGAUGAAAAAGACGGAAGAGGGAGAGCAAAGGAUCGAUGCUAUGAGAUCAUCGAUAAUCUUGUUGGGGCAGGUUUGUUAUUGGAGUCUAAUAAGAAAGUGUAUAUGCAUGAUAUGAUCCGUGAGAUGGCAUUGUGGAUAGUAUCUGAAUUUAGGGAUGGAGAAAGAUUUGUUGUGAAAACAGAUGCUGGUUUAAGCCAACUGCCUGAUGUCACGGAUUGGACAAACGUCACAAAGAUGUCUCUCAUCAACAAUGAGAUCAAGAACAUACCAGACGAUCCUGAAUUUCCUGACCAGACAAAUCUUGUAACCUUGUUCCUUCAAAAUAACAAGCUGGUAGAUAUUGUUGGUAGAUUCUUUCAGGUCCUGUCGACUCUGGUGGUUUUGGAUCUAUCUUGGAACCUCCAAAUCACCGAGUUGCCAAAAGGAAUUUCGGAGUUGGUUUCUUUGCGGCUUCUCAACUUAUCAGGGACGAGUAUAAAGAAUCUGCCGGAAGGUUUAAGAGUCUUGAGUAAAUUGAUUCACUUGAAUUUGGAGUCCACUUCCAAUCUUCGAAACGUCGGUCUGAUUUCAGAAUUACAAAAGUUGCAGGUUCUAAGAUUUUAUGGUUCUGCUGCUGCAUUAGAUUCCUGCUUGCUGAAGAUCUUGGAGCAGUUGAAGGGUUUACAACUUUUGACCGUUACUGUGAACAACGAUUCUGUUUUGGAAGAGUUUUUAGGAAGCACAAGAUUGGCAGGGAUGACUCAGGGUCUAUAUCUCGAAGGACUUAAAGUACCAUUUGCAGCCAUUGGUGAGUUGAGUAGUCUUCACAAACUUGAACUAGUAAACUGCGAUAUCACAGAGUCAGGAACAGAAUGGGAAGGCAAAAGGAGAGACCAGUAUGCUCCAUCCACAUCAUCCAGUCAAAUCACUCCAAGCAAUCCAUGGUUCAAGGAUCUCUCAGCUGUGGUAAUAAACUCAUGUAUACAUCUAAAGGAUCUGACAUGGCUGAUUUAUGCUGCAAAUCUUGAGUCUCUAAGCGUAGAAUCCUCGCCUAAGAUGACAGAAUUAAUAAACAAAGAGAAAGCUGCAUGUGUUGGGGUUGAUCCUUUUCAAGAGCUACAAGUCCUUCGUCUACAUUAUUUGAAGGAACUAGGAAGUAUCUAUGGGAGUCAAGUCUCUUUUCCAAAACUGAAGCUGAACAAAGUCGAUAUAGAAAACUGCCCGAAUCUUCAUCAACGUCCAUUGUAAGAAAAUCGAUGUCGAGAGCUAUAUUUUCCUCUGUCACUUUGUCCCGUUCUUAUUUCUUGUUUGUUUCCACUACUUGUCUUUUGUAUUGUUAAAGAUAUUUUGAAAUGUAGCGAUAAGGAACUCAAAUGCUUGUAAUAUUAUGUCAAUUCUUACAAACACAGUUUUCUA